AUGCCGCCGCCGCCACCUCCUCCGCCGUCAAGGCGAGCCGAUCCUAAGGGCUCAAUUGCCCCGAAUAAGGAAGAGAACAUCUACAUCCCCUCUUUCAUUGCCAAGAAGCCCUUCUAUGCUGGUGGCGAUGACGACACAGACUACCUAGAGCAUCAGCGGUUACAGAAGCAGAAGAAAGACUCAGCAUGGUACGACCGAGGGAAGAAGGGUGUCGCAUCCACCAAGUACCGAAAGGGCGCCUGUGAGAACUGCGGCGCCAUGGGCCACAAGAAGAAGGACUGCCUGGAGCGGCCAAGGAAGAUUGGCGCCAAGUACUCGGGCAAGAACAUUCAGGCGGACGACGUGGUCCAAGAGGUCGAGCUAAGCUGGGAUGCCAAGCGCGACCGAUGGAAUGGCUACGAUGCGAAGGAGUAUCGCCAUGUUGUGGAGGAAUUCAACCAGAUGGAGGAACUGCGCAAACAACUCAAGGCGAACAAGGCCGAGGGCGGUGAUGAUGGGGAGCAGGAAGAGGAUGACGACAAAUACGCCGAGGAUGUGGAUAUGAGCAAGCACCAGCCUACGUCAACUCGGCAACUGAGAAUACGAGAAGAUACGGCGAAAUAUCUGCUGAACUUAGAUCUCGAAUCCGCAAAGUACGACCCUAAAACAAGAUCGAUGGUGGAUGCUGGUGCGACAGUUGAUAAGGCGGCUGAACUAUUUGCAGAAGAGGGAUUCAUGCGCUCGUCUGGAGAUGCGGCAGAAUUUGAAAGGGCACAGAAAUAUGCAUGGGAGACACAAGAGAAAACGGGUGAUACAGGUCAGCAUCUACAGGCCAACCCGACUGCCGGAGAGUUCUACCGUAAAAAGGAGAAAGAAGAAGCAGAAAAGAAACGUGCAGAGCGAGAGAGAUUACUCCGUGAGAAGUAUGGUGACGACGCAUCCACCAUGCCUGCAGCUCUCAAGGAUAUGGCUGUCACAGAGUCAGAGAGAUACGUUGAGUAUGAUGAAAUUGGCCUCAUCAAGGGAGCUCCGAAGACGUCUGCGAAGUCCAAAUAUCCGGAGGAUGUCUACAUCAACAAUCAUACAUCCGUAUGGGGUAGUUGGUGGUCAAAUUUCCAAUGGGGAUAUGCAUGCUGUCAUUCUCUCAUCAAGAACAGCUAUUGCACUGGUGAAGAGGGCAAGCAGGCAUGGGAGGCAGCAGAGCGCCAAAGAACGGGCGUAGGCUUGGCCGAGGAAGUCUCUGUCGAGCAGUCAGUCGAGGAGAAGCAGGAAGAGCCUGAAAAGACUACUGUACAGAAGCGUACAAGGGACGAAAUGCUCGGUGGUGUCACUGAAGAGGAAAUGGAGGAAUACCGUCGUAAAAGAAUGGCCACUGAUGACCCAAUGGCGAAGUUUCUCGGGAAGGAUGAGCUUGUACAUUAA